GGAACGCCCAAGCUGAGCAGCACCGAGGACAGCGCAAGGCAGCGCCGGUCCCCUGGUUUUUCCUUGGCAGACUAGACUCUCCUCACGCACAAACACACUUAACACACAUUCGUACACACACACACACGUACACACACACACACACACACACACACACACGUACACACACACGUACACACACGCGCGCGCACACACACACACACACACACACACACACACUCCGGUAUACAAUGGCAGAAUCCCACCUGCAAUCGUCCCUGAUCACAGCUUCACAGUUUUUCGAGAUCUGGCUUCAUUUCGACGCUGACGGAAGUGGCUACCUGGAAGGAAAGGAGCUGCAAAACUUAAUCCAGGAGCUCCAGCAGGCACGGAAGAAGGCUGGAUUGGACUUAUCACCUGAGAUGAAAACUUUUGUGGACCAAUAUGGACAAAAAGAUGAUGGAAAAAUAGGAAUUGUAGAGUUGGCGCAUGUACUACCCACAGAAGAAAAUUUCCUGCUGCUCUUCCGAUGCCAACAACUAAAGUCUUGUGAGGAAUUUAUGAAGACAUGGAGAAAAUAUGAUACUGAUCACAGUGGCUUCAUCGAAACUGAGGAGCUUAAGAAUUUUCUAAAGGACCUACUGGAAAAAGCAAACAAGGUUGUGGAUGACAUAAAAUUAGCUGAAUAUACAGAUCUCAUGCUGAAAUUAUUUGACUCAAAUAAUGAUGGGAAGCUGGAAUUGACUGAGAUGGCUAGGUUACUACCAGUGCAGGAGAAUUUUCUCCUUAAGUUUCAGGGAAUCAAAAUGUGUGGGAAAGAGUUCAAUAAGGCUUUUGAGUUAUAUGAUCAGGAUGGCAAUGGAUACAUAGAUGAAAAUGAACUUGAUGCUUUACUGAAGGAUCUGUGUGAGAAAAAUAAACAGGAGCUGGAUAUUAAUAAUAUUACAACAUACAAGAAGAAUAUAAUGGCUUUGUCGGAUGGAGGGAAACUGUACCGAACAGAUCUUGCUCUUAUCCUCUGUGCUGGGGACAACUAGAGUUGCUGACCAUGACCACUUACUAGCGAUACACUGUAUCUAAAAAUAACUGUGCACUAUAAGGGAGUAGGUUGUAUUUUCUUUUAUAUCUGUAAAUUUAAUGGCAUAUAGAUAAUUAUCCAGGAUGUGUGGCACAUUCACUUCAGCUUGUUUCUAUACUGUUUGUAACGUACAAAUAACGUACAGAUUUUGUAACUAUAUCAUUGAAAAGAAGAAUGUCUAUGGUUAGACCAGUCAAUAUCCAAUUAGAAAAAUAACCUAACAUUGCUUUCAUAAAUAUAGUUGGAUAAGGUGGCCCUUAAAUUUCUACCAGGAUGAAUCUCUAAAAUUCUAGUCUCUGAUGUUUACACAUUUGUCACUGAAAAGAACAGUUACAUGUAACAAUAAAACAUUCAUAUUUCGGUCUUUCCCCCACCCCCAAAACAAACAUUUUAAGCUACAUUUACUGUUAGGAGGAAUGUACCACUAAAGUACUAAAAUUACAAUCAGAUUGUGGCUUUAUUAAGUCAAAACUUUCACUAGACAAAACUUAGUUCACUAAUCAACAACAGAUAUCGUGCUUGAAUCUACACUUGGCUGAGGUUGGUUUGAUGAUAAUGGAAGACAGUAUCAGAAAACACACGGAUCUGUCUGAUUCUUAUAUUUAUUUAUUUCUAAAAGCCUACUGUCAGCGAGUAUGACCUUAAUCUGUUUUUUAAAAUGUUUUCUUGUGUUGCUGGUUAUAAUUAUUCUAGCAAGCUGCUGUUUUUAUGUCAUAUUCUGUGUAAUCUCUGAUUAAAUUUACUAUACUGAGUAUCCUGGUGUCUAGUUUGCAUACUUCCUGGAUUUUCUUUAUAUGUAGACCUAUUUAUUUCCACCAAGGGUAACUCCUGCCUCUAAAAAUAUUUUUUUCUAGCUAUAAUAACUCUAUUUUUACUACAUAAUUGAAUUUUAAUGUAAAAGCAUAGCACCCUGAUUGUUGAAUGUUAUAUCAUCAAUAAUUUUCUGUAUUCUGUGAAUUCUAUAUUUCAUAUUGAGAUCAGCAUUUAAAAUAGCUGUAUUUCUAUCUGCAAAUAGUUACAAAUGAGUUAAAAAAUACAUCUGAAGAGAAAUGCUAAUGUUAUUAUUUAUCUUAUUUAGUAAGGGAGAUUCUAUGCCAUUCUUUUGACCCACAUCCAAGCCCCAUCUCAUAUACUGGUAGCUAGAAUAGUCUAUACUGGUUCUAGCUGACAUGUAAUGGUUAGUGGUUUCUGGUUCUUUGAUUAUAAAGUAGGGAGUUGUGAAGAUAUAACUGUAAAACUUAUAAAGUUACCACUGAAGAAUUAAUGGUUCUGGGUCACUCUAAAUGUCCCCAGUCUACAAAUUCAGUACUGAUUUAUUUUUUCAAUUUGUAGAAAUAACAAAAAUAAGUAUAUGCCCAUGAAUGAACACUAAAGAGAUAUGCCAAAAAAUAUAUUUUAUCAAGUGAUGUAAGUGGUAGGUUGAUUUUGCUUCUAGUAUAUAAAUGAAAACACUGACCUUAGGCUGAAUUUAGCAAACUACUAAGAAUAAAUAAAGAGGACAAUAACUAA